AUGUCUGUCAGCUUACUAUCCGGAACAAUGCUCAGGCGAACGAUCCUCGGCUCCAGAGUCACGACGCAGCAUUUGAGCGUUGUUGAGACUUCCUCGCGCUACAUCACCCCCAAUGUUGUUGCCUCUUACCGAACUAUUCAUCGUUCGGCUCGGUUGCCAGCUAUUACUGCAUCGGAGGCUCGCCAUCGGCCGACGUUGCGACCUCAUCAGCAGUCUGUAGCGACUCGAGUUAAUGGGCCAUCCCCGGUCAGCAAGCGAUCGAUCUUCAUUCAAACCGAGAACACACCAAACCCCGAUGCUCUGAAGUUCAUCCCUAACCACCGCAUCCUCCCGGAGGAUUUUCCGACCACGUUCCUCGAGUACCUGUCCCCACGCUCUACUCUCGCUGCUCCUCAUCCUUCCCCCUUGGCCGCAAACCUAUUGAACGUUGAUGGUGUCACCUCGGUAUUUUUCGGACCCGAGUUCAUCACCGUAACCAAGGCGAGCGAUGUAAACUGGGCUCACAUCAAACCCGAAGUCUUUAGCAUGAUCACACAGGCCGUAACUUCUGGCGAGCCGAUUGUCAACACGAUCGCCAAGACCGGGGAGCACGCGCAGGAAGGUGGCGAGGAGGAUUCGCUCAGCUACAAUGAGGAGGAUGACGAGGUUGUUGGCAUGAUCAAGGAGCUUCUGGAAACGAGAAUCCGACCGGCAAUUCAGGAAGACGGAGGCGAUAUCGAGCUCCGGGGUUUCGAGAACGGCAUUGUGCUGCUGAAGUUGCGCGGUGCUUGCCGGACCUGCGAUUCUAGCACUGUCACGCUAAAGAAUGGCAUCGAGUCCAUGCUUAUGCACUACAUCGAAGAGGUGCAGGGAGUUGAGCAGGUGAUGGAUCAGGAAGAGGAGAUCUCAAUGCACGAGUUUGCUAAGUUUGAAGAGAAGCUGCGCCAGCAGAAGGGAGCCGCUGCCACCGCAUCUACGGGAGGCAAGGGAACAUUGGACUCGGCCCCAUAA